AUGGACCUCCUCCCUCAGAAGGAGUCCUCAGGCACCAGAGCUCUGUGCGCCCUGUUUGAGUCCAAGGCCACCCUGCAGGAGAGCUUCCACAGCAGCCCUGGGCUCAACUUGAGGUCUGCUGCUGGCAGUAACACAAAGAGAGACUGCCCCCUGCAGGACUGGAGAUGUCACAACACUCCAUUAAAGGAUACCACUAUUCAGAAAGAGAUCAGUCACAGAGAACUGAAAGGCAGAGAGGAGACAGGCUGUGUCACACAUCACAGAGGCCUUGAGAGUCAGUUACCCGGCACAGCGGAGACACACAGGGAAGGGAGUGAGAGCGACGCCGGAUGGUGUUUUAGUGAUAAAAUUAGUCCAUCGCUGACUAAGGGGGUCUCCCCACCCACACUGCCCAGAGACAGGACAGCGACAUCCUCCUCAGUGAGAGACAGAUCGGCUCUCUAUCUGUCAAGAGCAGCAGCUAUCGACUCCACAGGAGGCUCAACACAGCCAAUGGCUGACGCAGCCAGGAAAAUCACAGUUUCACAAUCCUCUCAUGGUGAAGAAGACCUGCCUCUCCCUCCACCUCCUCCCGUACCACCUAGACCCCUGGACUAUGAAGGCAGCCUCCCAUUGCCUCCACCCAAAGAAACCUUCUCCACGUUCUACCAGCAACGGCAGAAGAGUGAGCUGAAAAGGCUCUUUAAACACAUCCACCCAGACCUACGGGCAAGUCUCGAUGACGUCGCGGAUGAUGAUAUAAUGAAAGCAGUGCAGUCAGAAAACGCAGCAGACGCAGCGUAUCAGGGUGAAGUGCAGUCCAUGAGGUGGAUUUUUGAGAACUGGACUCUGGACAAUAUUGGAGAUCCUCACGCAACCAAGAAGCUGCUGGACGAUGAGGAGUUAAAAGGUGGAGACGUCAGAGGCACAUCCUCUAUGUUUGAGUACACCGACGGCACCCAGCAAAUGUCUGCUAAAAGACAGACUUCUGUCAGAGGUGAUGUGAGAACAUCAACGUGGCUGUUUGAGACUCAGCCCUUAGAUUCUCUGAAUGAAUCAAAAAGAGAGGAGGGCGAACUGGUCGAGGCAGUGCUGAAAGAACCCAUCCAGCCAGGAGACGUGAGAGGGACACGGCUGCUUUUUGAGUCUCAAUCACUGAGCGACUUGGGCCGCUGCAACUCCGUAGAAGAUUACAGCUUCCUGAAACUGAGAUCUGAGCUCCAGGAGCAGAAAGGAGAAGUCCAGAAGACUGUGAAACUCUUCCAGGCAGAACCUUGCUGUGCCAUCAGAGACAACAGCGGCAAUAUCCAUGAAAUCAAAUCCAUCUGCAGGGAAGAGAUCAACAGCAACAACAUCAGCACUGCCCGUUGGCUUUUUGAAACCCAACCUUUGGACUUGAUUAAUAAGGGAACUGACGGAGUGAAAAUAAUUCGGGGCAUCUCACUGGAAGAGGGGCACAGAGGAGGAGUUGAUCAAAAGAGGUGGAUGUUUGAAACUCAGCCAUUUGACACUAUACAAGAGGUUGUGGGAGUGGACAAAUUUGAAGGAACUGUGGCUGAAUGUGAAGGAGAGGCUGAUGUCGUCAACAAAAGGAAGUUUUUUGAGAUGAAACCUCUGGAGGUGCUGAAAGGAGAUUCAGCAGAAAAGCAGGAAAUAAUUGGGGGGGAUGUCAAAACAUCUCUGUGGCUGUUUGAAACUCAGCCUAUGGAGACUCUUAGUGAUACCUAUGAAGUUGGGCGUCUGAAGAAAAUUACCCUCUCAGCUGACGAACAGGGAGAGGUAAAAGGCAGAAAGCAAAUGUUUGAGAGCUGCAGUAUUAAAAAGGACGUCUCAUUCAAAGAACAAGAGAUUGAAAAGGGUGACGUUAAGGGAUUCAAACAUCUCUUUGAAACAAUUCCUUUGAGCAAACUUGCUCAUUCUGACGAGGAGAUUGUUGAGAAGGAAAAUACAAUUACAGCAGGAAACGUAAAGGGUAACACAGCGAUGUUUGAGACAACUCCUUUAUAUGCGAUAAAAGACAGCUCUGGAAACCUCCAUAAGGUCACAACAGUCAGCCGAGAAGAAUUCAUCAAAGGGAAGGUCCAAAACUAUAAGUGGAUGUUUGAGACCAAGCCUUUAGAUGAGCUUGCAGAGGGAAAAGGAAAUGUUGAGGUGAUCAAAGGCAUCACCAGACAGGAGGAUACAAUGGGAGAUGUGAAAACGGCAAAGUGGCUCUUUGAAACCCAGACAAUAGAUGGGAUCCAUUCCAAGUUCAACAAGAUAGAGCAAAACACCUCUGCAGCAGAGGAGCCCAGUAAGGGUGACGUCAAGACUUGCAAAUGGUUAUUUGAGACGCAACCGAUGGACAUUUUAUAUGACAAAUCAGAAAAAGUGAAAGAUAAAGAAGCCAUCGACAAUGCCGAUGUCAAGUCCAUUACUUGGCUUUUUGAAUCACAGCCUCUCGACAGCAUCAAAGAUGGUGAGGAGUACAACUUGAAGCUCUGCAGUACCAUACAGGACUCUGUCAAAUCAGAGGUUGGUGUUCAAACAGUCAAACAUCUUUUUGAAACAGAAACCUUGGAUAGAAUAAGAAAAGAUACAAAUACAGAACAAGACAUGAGAUGUGUGAGCCAGGUCAACUUUCAGUCAGGAGAUGUCUCACGAGUCAAAGAACUUUUUGAAUCCCAGUCCCUCGAUGAAAUAGGAUCCGAAAUUGUGAGAACAUCUGACGAACAGACCCAAGAUGAACAAAUUGAAAAAGGUUCGGUACAUAAGUUUACUUGGAUGUUUGAGAACUGCCCCAUGAACCUGAUCAAUAAGGACAACGAUGCAGACAGUCAGGGAGUGAGUGGUACGGAGAGUGGUGACGUCCAGAACAAGAGGUUUGUAUUUGAAACCUCCUCACUGGACAAAAUCCAACACGAACCCCUCGAGCAGAAGUUGGUCGAUGAGGAGCAGCCUGCGAGCAAUGUAGAUGUGAAAUCAAGUACCAUGAUGUUUGAGUCCCUGCCGCUGUAUGCCAUCAGAGACAAAGAGGGGCAGUUUCACGAGGUGACAACUGUGAAAAAAGAGGAGGUAAUGAGCGGUGACGUGAGAGGAGCAAGGUGGAUGUUUGAAACUAAACCACUCGAUGCUAUCAAGGCAGAGAAUGAGGUUUAUGUGAUCCGAGCUGUCACCCAAGAAGAUGUCGAAAAAGGAGACGUCAAAUCAGCCAGAUGGAAGUUUGAGACGCAACCUUUGGAUUCCCUCACCAGCCGAGAGGAGCCCUCUGUCAGGGUCAUUGAAGACUUUGGGAGCAGCAGUGUGCAGCUCAAUAAGCAGAUAUUUGAAUCUGAGCAGAAGCAGAAGUUCGUGCGAAUGGUUAGUGUCACUGAUGUCCAGCAAGGGGAUGUCAGGACCUCUACCUGGCUCUUUGAGAAUCAAACGAUGGAUAGUCUGAAAGGGGAACCUCAGGAGCAAGGUCCAGUACAAACAGUCCACAGGGAAGACAGCCAGAAAGGAGAUGUGAAACGCUGCACCUGGCUGUUUGAAUCUCAGCCGCUGGACAAAAUCAAGGAGCCCGAGGAUGCCUCAAACGAAGAUGUUGAGGAGGAGAUACCAAAAGCUGAUGUGAAGUGCACUACCUGGCUCUUUGAGACCACCCCCUUGGACAAAAUCACUGCCAACAGUGUUGCUGACACCCUGUCAUAUCUAUACCAAAUGUCUUUUGUUCACUCAAGUGGCAUCAUAAUAGAGGCAAACGAGAGUAGUAAUGUUAACAUGGCUAAAUAUGUGCUUGAGGGCAAUGACGGCGUGCAAAUCCAGAAUGAAGAGGUGGUUGGGGGUAACAUCAGGAACAUCAUGUUACAGCUCUUACUGAAACCAACCCUAAAGCCCCAGGUUACUCUUCUCAGAGAGGUGGAGCAGGGCAAAGUGAACACCACAGUAGUAGAACUUCCAGUCUACCAAUCGGCCACAACGAUCAACCUAGAGAAAGAUCAAAGAAUACAAAACAUUGUCCAGAUGAUUGAUGAAUUGCUCGUUCAAGAUAAGGUUUUGAAAAAAGGAAUCAUAAUGCAAGAGACUGCAGGGGGACAGGCAGAGAUGUCAGUUUAUUCGCUCAUUUGUGACACGAAAACCGAGGGUCACAUUAUAGAGAGGGGAGAUGUAAAGUCGACGAUUGGAAAUCUGUUAGCCACCGCCAAUAGUCAGAGGACUGCGGCGUCGUGUAGAGUGGAUGAAAUUGAAAAGGGAAAUGUGAACUUGUACAAAAGUUGCAUUGAGAAAGGAGGUCUGGACAACCUGAAGAGUCUUCAUACUGAGUUGUCAGGAGAUGAAGCUGAUGACAGUCUUCUUGCUAAAGAACAGACUGAAAUAGUUCACGGGGAUGUGAAAGAAGCAAAGAGAAGCCUCUGCCAGCAGAAAGACCAGGUAGAGCGAACCAUUUCCGACGUUUUGCCGGGAGAUGUACGAAAUACCAAAAAGGUUUUUUCGUCAGAGUGCUCGUUCAGCAUUGACACCUGUGUUCCAAAGGAGGAAAUAAUCCCUGGGGAUGUCUCAUCAGCAAAGCAACAACUUGCAGUAAAGCAACCUGUCAUGGUAGAAAAAGAGGAGAUUGUGGCUGGGGACAUCAAGGCAACAUUGCAGUCAUUAGAACGAGCAAAGCAGCAGAGCAUGUGCGUGGAGCGGGAGAUCAUUCAACCUGGAACUAUCUAUGACAUGGAUUUGUCAGCCCAGUGUCCUGACAUAGAAGGAAGCCCAGCACAAAAAGAGGUUAUUAUAUCCGGAGAUGUCAAAGCAGCUAAAAAGUCCCUUGAAAUGGCUAAGCAGCAAAGCAUGAACAUGGAGCGUGAAGUCAUUGUUCCUGGAAAAAUAUACAACCUUAAUGUGUCAGCACAAGAGGGAAGCUCAUCAGCAGCGAUGCAAUCCACGUGUUCGUCUUCCUCCGGAUGCCAGCAAAUCAGGACUUGUCCAAAGGUCAGUGAUGCCGUGAAAGAUCAGGGAAGCCAUGUUUCCUUUGAGGCUUGUCAACAAAGAGCAGUUAUAGUCAGUAAUUGUGCAGCAGGAUCACUGCCACUUUUUGAAAGUUAUGAGUGUAAUGGCCAGACAACAGAAGAUGAGACAGAAGAAGUUAUCAGAGGAGAUGUGAAGGCAGCUAUUAGGUCUCUGCAGAGCGCAGCGACAGAACAGAAGCUCCUAGAUAAAGAAGAUAUUGUAAGAGUAACCUGUGAAGGACAACCACCCAAUACAACACAGAAUUCAACACCCAACCCUGUAGCAAAUGGAAACUCAAAAUCAACCUGCUCUGAGACUGUAAAUCCACCUCCACUCCCUCAAAAGACUAGUGAGAAACCACGGGAGCAGAAGCCGGCUUUACCACCAAAGCCACAAUGGACGAAAUCAGUAGUUGUGGAGGGGCCGAAUAUUCCACUUCCUCCGGCUCCUGAAGUUGCUUGCCCCAUCGAAGACAAUGGAAAAAGUGUAGGGAUUCCUCCAAAACAAAACAAACAGUUUCCUACGCCCUUCACAGAUAACCUACAAGCAAACAAAACCAAUAAAGAAACCUUACAUGAAACAUACAACCAAAAAUGUGUUGAUGAAACGGUGCAAGAUUCAAGUCAGUCAAAAGAACAUUUACAGAUGAACUCAAAGACCCAGGAAAUUAAGAAGACACAGAAAACAACACCACUUAAAAAGUCAGAGUGCCAAGUAACGAACAGCACUGUGGAAAUGGAAAGAAAUGUAAUACAGAAAAUCAAUGCAGCUGAGGAGAUUCAGAUGUGUAUGAAGAAUUACGCAGAAGAUGGAAAACAAGAAAUGAGCAUGAGCUUGCAGGCUGCUCUACAGAACUUUGAAAGAAAGGAAAGUGAGUCUCUGGACAGAAGAGUCCCUUUGUUAUCCAAAAAGGUAAAAGUAAUAAAUGAUAGUGACAAUAAAUAUACCAACAAAACCACUAUUCAACAACACAAAUCAAAUCCUGAACCUGUCAAAAAACAACACAGCAAGACUGAAGUGCAGAUGUCGGACACCAAUAGUCGGGUCGAUGCCCGUCAUUUACAGCAGAAUGACCUCAAUGGACAGCAUCAAAAGGUUGAGGAUAGAGUUGUUCUUAGAGAGAAGAAAGUAAAAGAGACAGAAGAUGAGCGGCGGCAGAGGCUUUCUGUCCACAAGGAGGAGAUCAUGAAAGGAAAUGUGAAGGCAGCCAUGGAAAUUUUUGAAAAUUUGAGAAAACGAGAGGAACUCAAAGGAAUCCUGUGUCAGGUCCAAGAGAUAGAGGGAGAAACCAGCAGUGUUGACGUCAGCUCCUUGAAGACAUUAUACCAGAAUGUCCCUGCUUGGAUGGUUACACCAAGCAGAAAUGCUAAGCAAAGUAAAACACAGGAAAAGAAAGUUGAAGUAGAGACACAGGACGAUGAUUUAGAAAGUAUCUCCUCAGUUGAGACUGCGUUUGAAGAUCUGGAGAAGGCAAGUAAAGAAAUAAUGAAUCUGAAGGAAGAGACUUUAGCAAAACUUCUUGACAUUGAAGAGGCAAUUAAAAAGGCUUUGUACUCCGUCUCCAAUCUAAAAUCAGAGGCUGACAUUGCAGGUUUGUCAGGACUCUUUGAUGAAUCUCUUGAAUCUGAGCGAAACCUUCAGCCCGCCAACAACAUCAGGAAAAUAAGUAUCGUGUCAAGCAAAGCCAAAUCAGGCCAAACCAAAGACACGACUGACGUGAAUCUGCAAACAGUUUCAGAUUCAAGUCCUUCCAAACAAGAAGUGCCCAGACAAGUGCCCAAUAAGCCACUCGUCAGACAGUCCUCUUCCCAGUCCUCCCCGUCAUUCAUCUCCAUUCACUCAGCUGCCAGAAAACCUGCCGAACAACCAAAGUCGCCCAUGUCAACAUUUAAGCCAAAAGCGGAGUGUAGUUCUCAAAGUUGCCAUGAUGCAAAUAGUGACCUGGGACAGGAGUCUGCUGCAGAGUCCUCAAAAAAUGUGUACAGUCCUGUGCAACGCAAAGUCAGCGUGCUCGAGGUGAAAACUGUUCCAGAGAAACCUGCAGGAAUAAUCGGCACAAAGACUGUCAGUGAAACAUACGAAGAGACUGAUGGCUUUGGCAACGUAUUUGUUUCCUCCAUGACUUCGACAUUUGUCACCAAACAAUCCGACGCUAAAUCAUCUGCUCUGUUCGAAGUAGUUGGGAGUCCAACCAGAUAUGAAGUCAUGACAUCUCCAUUAAUGCAAAGAUCUGGUCGCCCUUUUGAAGAUAACGCCAAGGAGGAAGGGACGGUGUUUGUAACAUUUAGCCAACCAAAGGAAAAGCACUAAAUAAGCCACUUAUCAGACGGUGCAUUUCCCAGUCCUUUAAUUUUAGGAAAGCAAUUAUUCCAUUUGUAUAUUUAUCACAUUAUGUUUCAAUGAAAAGGUUUUGUUAGUCAUAAAGCUGAUGAUCUAAAAUCAUAAAAAAAAAUGUUGACUUUUAAUUGAAAAAAAAUGUGUCUUAUAGAUUUUAUACUGUAACCACAUGAUAAAGUGUUAACUUCUUUUAUUAAAGCUUAGCAUAUAGUUGAUAUUGUAUGUUCUGUUGUGUAAAUGGUGAAAUAAAUGAAAGUUGAAACGA